CGCCCAUGCCCAUGCCCAUGCCCAUGCUCAGGCCCAUGCCGACGCCGACGCCGACGCCGACGCCGUCACUACUGAAAGAAGAAAGCGCUGGAGAACGGAAAGCCAAAAAUGAUUGCUGCGCUUCUUUCUGCCGGCUUGGGCAUCGCUGCAGAACAGACAGUUACUAGUCUGGUUUCGAGGGCUGUCAGAUCAGCCGCGCCCAUUGUUAUUGCACUGCACUGCACUGCACUGCACUGUACGUUCCUGAAAUUGCAUCCAGCGGCUCUUCCAGUCAGAUGUCACAACGGCCUUCUCCAGAUGUUCUGGCCUUGUCAGGGGCCGCUUCCAGAAGAUUUGGUGUCCUUUAUGGCAAGAUUAAGAGCGAUUAGGGCUGAGCCUUGAAAAAAUCCUUCCAUCAGGGCCACUUAAGUGCCGCGUGCCAUGUCGCCGACUCACUGCGUCCUUCAGUUCAGGACAGACAGAAAGCAAGAAGAGAGUGAAGGAAGUAGAGGAUAUGGCACCCGGAAUAAUCCGUGUAGCCCCAGAGCAAGUACGGAGGACAGAAUGUACUCGUCCACUUCCACUGACGGCGGAUGUCUUGCAUGCGCAGUGCAGAGACCGCACAGUGCGACAGAUGCCGUGAUCAGGACAGGUAGUCGUAUAUGAAACACAAAAGGCAUUCUUGUCCUGAGCUCGUCAUAGGCUGUGCCCGUAUUUCAGUAUCCUGUGUUGCAGCCUCUCCAGCUUCAACGGAGGAAACAGCCAGCACUGGGUCUCUGGUCGAGCAUCAUGCCAGACCAGGAGUGAGUCUCCUGCAUGAGUAAUUUUCCCCUCCCGAAGUCUCUCCUAAAUGAUAUGGUAUGGUAUGGUAAUGUAGGUAUAAGGGGCAAGACCAGCCGGUCUCUCGCUGGUGCUCGUGGAGCUGGUGAGGGUGAUGGUGAGUAGUCGCGCUUGUUGUCUGUCUCUCUCCCACUUGUCUAUCGUCUCCUGCUCAUGCCGCAUGCUGGUCUCGAAGGCUGGCUCCUCCUUUCUGAAUCCCAUCCAUCAUCCACCAUCCAUCGUCUCGGACUGCACAUCUCUCCACUUCACGGCCCCUGUCUGGCGAAGCUCUCCAUGGGAGCUUCCUGGCCUUUCGAAGCGUGCUGGACCUCUGGAUCUCGUUGCCCUUCGUCCCAUCCUUGUGCAAGGGGCGGCUUCCGUCGUCCGUCAGGUGAGAUGUUGGACGUGUUUGCAGAGCUUAUUCGUUCACGAUGCUUUUGGCGAAAAAGUGCGCUUGCAGUCUCAAGUCACUUCUGGCGCGCCAUUGGCUGAGGGAAGGGAAAGGCAUGUGAGACUAGACCAAGAAGAUCCGAAAUGGAAUCUACCUCCACACAUCCAGCCAACCAGCCAGCCAACCAGCCACACACCACUUACCGAAGCGAACUCACUGACUUGA